AUGCCGCCGGCCAUUGUAUACUCGGACAUGGCCGACUCGGCUGAUGUUCAAGGCAGUGUGUUUGCCGGCACCAACUUCUUCGUUGUGCAGCGCGUGCCGCAACGCUCACACUACAUCUCGCUGGUCCAGAGCAAUGGCGGCCGUGUAGUCAAGCUCGAGGCUCAGGCCGACUACCUCAUCGCCGACCAUGUGCGACACGAUGCGCCUGCCGGUUCUCUAAGCUACAAGUUCAUUGAAGAGGCCAUCAAGCAAGGACAGAUCCCCGAAGACGACACUCCCUUUCUCGCCAGUCGUCGUAAAUCCGCAAACCCCGUCACCACCGCUGCCGGCCCAUCCAAGAAGUCGACAAGAACACCCUUCACCGACGACGAUGACAAGCUGCUCUACAAGUGGGUCAAGAAGGCCGACGAAGAAAGUCUCGCCAUCCAGGGCAACACGCUGUACCAAGUCCUCGCCGACCACAACCCGAGACACACUUAUCAUUCCUGGCGCGAUCGCUACAUCAAACUUCUGUCUGCAAGACCCCCGACCGGAUGGGAGACCUACCCCGACGAGAACCUCCCCACCGUUGCUACGUCUAUCGCCGACAUACCCUCCAUCGCUCUUCCUCGCUCUACCGCUGUCAGAAGAUCAGUGACCUGGUCGCCUUCCAAAGCUCGCGUAUACAUACCCUUUACCCAAGAAGAUGAUGAAGAGUUGGAAGCUUUUGUAGCCAGCAAGGCAAGGAAAGGUGCUUCACUCAGCGGCAAUGCUAUAUACAAAGAGCUGGAAGCGAGGAACCCACGUCACACCCAUCACUCUUGGAGAGACCGCUGGCUCAGGCACUUGUCGCUCCGAGAGCCCGUCGACGAAGAGGAAGAAGAGGUUCCUCUCGAGCAUGACGCUGCCACCGCUGAUGAUAACGACGUUCAUGUCCGUUCAGCUUCAGUCGAGCCACCAAUCAGCAAGCCACCACUCAAGCGUGCAACCUUCAGAAUCCCCCCAGGAGCAUCAAAUCCCGACUACCAGCUCGCCUGUCAUGUCGCAACAACCUUCAGCCCACCUUCAGACCCUGCAUACCCANNGCCAUCAACACAGGCUCAAGCUCAAGACUCCCGUUCGUCUUUCCGUCACAUAGCAGUGCAGGCAGAACUCGAAACUCAAUACCAUGACGACUCGACUUUCACAAAGGAAGAUUUUAAGAACCUUCUGAGCGUGGCUCUUGACGUACAGAAUGUUCGCGUUGGACGCUACCACGAAGCAUGGACCGCCUGGGCUGAUUACACCGAAAGUCAUAAUGCUGUCGAGUGGCGUUCAUUCUACGAAAGGCGUGUCCUGCCUGUUGCACUCCAAAAACAAGAUGAUCCUGAGUAUCUUCAGGAGCCAGGUCAUGAAGGAUGGGUCAAGUUCUGGCAGACCCAAGGACAACCAAUCACAACUUUGCCAUAUCUUGAGCAAGAGACCAUGACCGCAAUGCAAUCAGCUCCUACAAAACCUGCCGAGACUGAAGAAGAGUCGACACCUCGCCUCUCGAGGACAGAGCCUCCAGAACAAGACGAAGAGAUGGGGGAUGUGUCAGAUCUUGCCAUCAAAGUGGAGAAGACUACAACAAUGUCAUCUGCCAAACGGAAACAAGACGUCCGCGAGAGUUCUGUGAAAGAAGAGCCCGCGCCCAAACGUCGACUCACGGCAACACCACUUCCCGCGCCGCACAAAAUUCCCGCUCUUGUGCAAAUUGUCCAUCAGCCCAAUGCUGAUGAUGUGGUCAGCAUUUCCAGCAAAGUUGCACCUUCAUCAAGUCAGCACUCCGAUGAUGAGGAAGAAGUUUCUAAAGAUCAAGCCGCUGAACAAUUACAUCGCGAGAUGGUAGAGAAUAGGGAUACUCGCCAUCAGCUGACUAGAGCCAAUCUUUCACGUAUCCAAGCAGAAGCUGACUUGCCUGAGAAGAGAGCUGUGGAUAUAGAGGAAGAUGAAGAGAACGACGAGCAGCCCGGCUUUGCAGACUACCUAGCGAGCAUGUUGCCGCAAGGCAUGAAAGACAAGGUUCUUCAUACCAUUGAGACACACGAUCAUGAACUAGAUCGAGAUGAAGAGGAUGGCGAAGACACUCUCAUGCACAACAAACAACAAGACGAGCGCGAGUACGACCCCGCCCUCCUAGAAAUAGACCCAGAUCUCGACAACCCCUCCUACAACUCCUCCGCCGAGUAUCGUGCCAACAACACCAAUAUUCAUCUAGACGCCCCGCAAACUCAGCCCUGGGAAGUUUCCUCUGCGCCCUCUGCAUCACAGCAACGAAACCAACGUCUCUCCACCCAAGCAAUCUAUGAAGCCGAAACACAACCCUUUGACGCUGAAAUCCCGCUCCCACCUUCUGAUUUUGCACAAGAAACCCAAGUUUAUGCUGCUGCAAACACAGACUCUCAGAUCUUGUCUGCUGACGAGAUGUGGCCCUGGAUUGAUGGACAAAUCUCUGCCGGGCAUUUUGAAGAUACUGUGAUUACUGCUCUGCGCAAAACAUCAUUCAACCCCAAGUUGGCUGCUCUGGUGCUUGAAGCCAGAGGAGAAGAUCUGGAUGCAGCUGGUGUAUGGACAGAAGCUGAAGAUGCAGUCGUCGAGGGUAGUGAUGCCAGAGCAAUCAGAAGAUUGGAGUCGAAACAUGGAAAAGGCAGUGCAAUGGCCAGACUAAAGUUCCUCAGUGACUGGAGAAGAGACAAGGAGAUUGCAGAGAUGGGUGAACAGGAAGCAGACUGA